CAUCGUACUAUCUAGAUAACAAAUGAUAGUAAAAAUACCAUUAAUUACAAGAAAAUAAAUUUUUGCUACAAGCAAUUUAACAUUUAAUACCAUAAUUGUAUUUUUAAAACAGUACGUUCUUCCAUCACUAUUGCAGUCCUUUGAACCAAAAUUUAGUAUAAUAAUAGGGAUUGAUGUUAAACUUAUGACGUAUGAAGUUCUUUAAUUUCCAGAUGUAUCGUGAUGAGUUGGUAUAACCCUAAAUUUACUUGUACACGAAACGUGAGUUGAAUAUCGACAAAAAACAUUUUUGGACUUUAAACAUAUUCGUCUAUUUAGUUUUAAUUAACUUGGUUUUCGCCCCUCCACGCGUGGAUCUCUAAGAUACAAUUAUAGUUUUUUUAAUUGCGGCAAGAAUAAAAGGAAGUGUUUCUGAUGUAGUGUUUCAGUAGACUUGCGCGUAGUAAACUCAAAGCUGAACCAUGUUUUUGGUGCUGUUCUUGUUUAUUUCCAUAAUAAUAUUCUAUUUUUACGCAACAAGAAACCAUGAUUACUGGUCUAAGAGGAAUAUCAAGCACGAUCGACCGCUACCGUUCUUUGGGAACCAUCUGCCCAACGUUCUCUUAAGGCGGAGUGCCGUAGAACUUGGCUUAGAAUACUACAAUAAAUAUAAAGAAGAGAAAAUCGUUGGGUACUAUAGAGGAAAUACGCCAGAAUUGAUCAUCAAAGACCCAGAUAUUAUAAAGCAAGUCCUGGCUCAAGAUUUCAUGCAUUUCUACUCUCGCGCUACUUUAGUAAAGGGGCAUAGGAAGUCGUUGCUGUACAAUCUGUUUUUAGUGAACGGUGACCACUGGCGGCUGCUGCGACACCGGUUUUCUUCUGCGUUCUCGGUCAGCAAAAUCCGAGCUAUGUUUCCUCUCAUAGAACAUUGCGCUGAGAAGCUACACAAACUCAGUGAAAGCCUAGUGGACAGUAAUGGUGAUGUAUACGCAUGGAACCUCAUGGCUCGCUUCAGCAUGGAAAUUAUCGGCUCUUGCGGUUUUGGAGUCGAUCUCGACACCAUCGCAAACAAGAAUGACAAUUUCAUUAAAUUAGCGAAUAAAUUUUUCGAUAAAACAAAGCUUCAAACGUUCAUGCUUAAUUUUGAUGAUGUUUUCAACAUAUCGAGCGUGAUACCAGGAUUUUAUAGUGUUAAAAAAGAAUUCGAGAAAGCAAUCAUCGAUAUUACAAUGAGUGUCCGUGAACAAAGAAACUUCAAACCUAGCGGUCGUAAUGAUUUUAUGGACAUUUUGCUUGAAAUGGAGGCUAUGGAGAAGUUAGAAAUGGAGUCACUUUUUACCAAAAAUCCUGACGGCUCCCCAGCUACUGUUGAACUGGAGAUGGAUGUUUACUGCAUAGCGGCUCAAGUGUUUGUUUUCCUACUAGCUGGUUUCGACACCUCGGCUCACGUCACUAGCGUCUUGCUACACCAGCUGGCGUAUCAUCAAGAGAUACAGCGUAACAUACAGAAGGAAAUUGAUGAGGUUUUAUCAAGAUAUGACAAUAAGCUGUGCUAUGACGCCGUAAAUGAAAUGUCAUUACUUAGUAUGAGUUUAAAUGAAAGCAUAAGGAUUUUACCUCCAGCCGGUAUAAAUAGGCGGAAAUGUACUAAAAAAUAUACGAUCCCAGGAACGAAUGUGACCAUUGACCCUGGAGUCACUGUUUUCAUUCCAACUCAAGCUAUACAUCUGGAUCCGAAAUAUUAUGAUAAUCCUUUAGAAUUUCGGCCUGAGAGAUUUUCCCCCGAAGCCUCUAAAGAUCGCCAUAGAUUCGUGUUCAUGCCUUUCGGAGAAGGACCAAGGAAAUGCCCAGGGAAUCGUUUAGGGCAGCUACAGUCGAUGGCCGGGCUUGCCUCUCUACUUCGUAGUUACAACGUGGAGCCGUCAGCGGCUACCAAGCGAGAGCAUACCUUCAAGAAGUCUUCGUUUCUAAUCCAAAUCAUUGAAGGAGGCCUACCACUGCGGUUGACGAGAAGAAAUAAAUGAAUUAUGGUUUA